AUCGUGCUUUUGGAAUCCAAUACCAAUUUUCAAUGGGUCUCUCCAAAACCUUAAGUACCCAGGAGUCCACUUCCCAUCACAUAAAGUUAACUUCCUACAAGAAAGUGUUCCAAAGUUAAAAGAAUCCCUGAAGAACUCAGUAACUACAAGGUCUCUCCCUACAGCUGGUCACUACGUACUCGUCGUUAUGUAAAUCCACCCCCUUGCCCCAGGAUAUGCGCCUUCCUGAAGAGUUUGGUUGGGUAUUCUGGUUUUGAUUCUCUGCAGGACUCUAAAUUGUCAACGAGCAAGGAGGUUUGCGGAGAGAUCCUAUAAGCCCUCCUCUCCCUGAAGAAACAACACCAUAACGGACAGCCCGCAACAUGAGAAAAUGGGAGCAUGGAAACUGCUGCUUGGGUUUGAGGCUAAGGAUAACGCCAACGUAAUGUAAACGGGUUAAGCUUUAAUUUCAACUAAACGUCAGCCACAACGUCAGUCGACAUCGUUACUCAAACCAUGAAUGUUGUUCGCUGUGUUUGAAGCCAUCCGUACGCGAUACAACAUACCACAGAAAGUUCGUUUUUCGUUAUCAUUGUAAGUUAUGUAUAUUCAAUCAAGUGAAUGCGUAGUUCCAGUGUUUUGGGCCACUUUCGUUCGGCUGUUAGAGUACCUCAACCGUAUCCUCUAGUGAGACCUUGUAUAUACAAAGACAUACAAAACGCCCGAAGAGAAUCUAUGAAAAGUGUGGACAGAAGCUCCAUUCAGUAUCCUGGAGUGUGUGAAUAAAUGACACUUUUUUUUGAUAGCGCAAGUGGAACUAAAUGUGAAUUGUCUAAAUCUUCUGAAAUAAAAAAAAAUGGGUAAUACACUUCGAGACACAUCAUCGAGGAACCAAUGGUGUUGAAACCUAAUAUCAUUACAAAAUAUAUAGGAUGUCCUAAUCAAAAUCGAUGCUCAACGGUUCAUUGAUCGACUGUACAUCUAUAGAACCUUUUUUCCACAUGACUGAAUUAACUCUCCUCACAUGCUUGGCCUUUGCCUUUGCCAAGAGUAGUCAGGAUUCAUUGAAUUUUUCGAUCGAUAGACUAUUAAUAAAUAUAGACGUAUCGACAAAAUACCACACCAGAAAUAAGAGCUAACUUUUAUCAGGUUACCAACAAGAUUAACUAAAGUGGCGGUGAAUGAUGAGUAAUGCAAGCGAAGUUCCUUGGGAGUUUCUGCAACUGACAGCAUUGACGAAUAUAUCCUUCUAUAAUGUAUCUCAUGGUUCGGUGGAAUUCAGCAUAAACUGUGGUUCAGUUGUACCGAAUUUUUCCAAUUACAUAGUUUCGCUUCCAAAUGACAAAGCUGGCCUGCUGACCUUCUUAUUACUAUUCUCGUUCACUACUGUGUUUGGUAACUCACUAGUUAUAUUAGCUGUUAUUCGUGAGCGGUAUCUUCAUACGGCUACCAAUUACUUUGUUACCAGCCUGGCAGUGGCGGACUGUUUAGUAGGAUUAGUAGUGAUGCCCUUUUCUGCAUUGUACGAGGUACUACAAAAUACUUGGUUCUUUGGCACGGACUGGUGUGACAUAUGGCGAUCUCUUGACGUUCUGUUUAGCACUGCAUCAAUUCUGAACCUGUGCGUCAUUUCGCUCGACAGAUACUGGGCAAUCACGGAUUCAUUUUCCUAUCCAAUGAAAAUGACGCGCCAAAAAGCGGUAGUACUGAUAGCGGCAGUUUGGAUCUGUUCUAGCGCGAUCAGUUUCCCGGCGAUUUUAUGGUGGAGAGCAGUUCGCGAGACAGAUAUGCUACCGUUUAAAUGUACAUUCACUGAGCACCUUGGUUACCUUGUAUUUUCAUCCAUCAUAUCGUUUUACCUACCAUUAAUAGUAAUGGUAUUUACAUACUGCCGAAUAUAUCGAGCGGCCGCCGUUCAAACACGCUCACUAAAACUUGGCACUAAACAAGUCUUAAUGGCAUCUGGCGAACUUCAGCUCACGUUACGAAUACAUCGUGGUGGAACCACUCGUGAGCGCCUAAACCAUCCGCGGUUGGCUGCUUCCGAUCACUACCAGCAGUUCCAACAUCUGGAUCAAAUGCAACCUAAUACACAGCCGUCGUUGUCAACUCAGCAUCAAUUUCCGCUCAAAAAACUUCAUCAGCUGCAGACAACUAACUCUACCCCAGACGAUCCCGAUGAAGAACCGUUAUCAGCCCUAGAGAACAACGGUAUCGGAGGACGACAUCGCGUUCAUAUGGGAAAACAUUUUUCACUGUCCCGGAAGCUUACAAAAUUUGCCAAAGAAAAGAAAGCUGCCAAAACUCUAGGAAUUGUAAUGGGAGUUUUCAUCGUCUGUUGGAUGCCAUUUUUUGUCGUAAAUUUGUUAUCUGGCUUUUGUAUGGACUGCAUUGCUCACGAAGAAAUAGUAUCAGCUGUAGUAACCUGGUUAGGCUGGAUCAACUCAGGCAUGAAUCCAGUUAUUUAUGCCUGUUGGAGUCGGGAUUUUCGAAGGGCAUUUCUGCGUAUUUUGUGUGUUUGCUGCCCACGAAAAUUAAGACUCAAGUACCAGCCGACAAGGCGUUCGAUAGCAUCACAGAGAUUGGCUUCGAGACGAUGCUACUCCACCUGCUCACUUCAUGGGAUACAACAAGUGCGGCAAAACUCAUGCGAACAGACGCAUAUUUAGUUUUCACCAAUACGAUAGGAUGACCGCACGAGCCUUCUAUUAGUUUCUUAUGUUUCUCAGUUCAAUCUCUAUGCUGUGUUCUUAUGAGUGACUUAAAAUCUCUAUUUGCCGUUGAUUGCUGGAAAGAACUGAACACUCAGACUGGAAGCCCUUCGAUUUUUUCAACAAUACGUACAAAUCUAAUGUAAAGAAAAAUAAUGCCCAAGAAAGAGAUUCCUAGUCGAUUGCAACAAAGUACUUUUAUCGCCAUUGUGUCAGUGCUAUCAGUAGGUUGUGUAGUUGUAAGUUUUGUUUUUGUCAAAAUUGAGCACGAAUAUAUAAUAAAGCCAGUAACCAAACAAUACUUUAGAAGUAGAACAAUCAUUGCGAACAACUGUAUUCUAUCCGCAUGAACAGCCGCAGUAUGGAGGUAGAAUAAUCGUAUUCUAAUAAUUAUUGCAGUAAGCAAAAAUCUCAUCGCACACACAAAAAUAUUUAUGAAUAGUGAAUAGUUGAAAUGAUAGCAAAAAACUCAAGUUUGAUACAUACUUAUUUGAUUCAUUCAAAUCAACUGCUUGCGUUCAUGAUGCAGGUGGAACGGAAAGUUGAUGAAAUUCAGCGCCGGGGGAACGUAUUAAUUUAACACUUUUACCACCAUUUCAUAUGGAUCUCUUUGUUAACUCUUUACAACAUAUACCAAGAGACUUUCAGUACUACGAAUAGCGAGGCACACAAGAAAGAAAGAGUACUGUCCAUUUGGCAGGGUCUCUCAGGAUUCCCUUGAGCAAGACCAUAUGCAGGCGUGAUUUCUGUAGGUCUGAAUAAAUCCGAAACUUUCACAUACCCCAAGCAACCUUUCAUUUAUAUAAUGAGAUACCAAGCGCAUCAAAUCACUGAAAUGACAGGGGGUCCAAACGACUCAAAAUGUCGCUAUAAAAGUAAUCCUAAAUAACUCGGUUUAGCAGAAGAUAAACGGCUGGAGCAUUUCGAAAAUAUAAAAAAAUAGUUCGUGGCGCUAUCUGUCUAUCCCCCUGUUUACACAUGCCAAUCGCCAGUAGCGAACCCAUCGAACUCCUGUCAAAAUUAUAUUGAGUUGAGGGUACUAUGGGUUCGAUGGAUGGGUUUUCAAUCACAUGCGGGUAUCCAGUAGCUCAGUUUCGAGGGCUAAUGUAAACACACGGUUGGGAUUCCUUUUAGUCAUUUUAGCGAGAGCUUGAGUCGUUUAGACCCCGUAGUUGUUUAGUGCAAUUGUGACGCUUGAGCUGUUAUUGGAGCCUGAUUUUCGUCUUGAAAAAGUAAAAACUAAAACUUUGAUUAAACUUGUCAAAAUAAAACAACAAUAACGUAUACAUAUAAGCCCAUCACGGGCCGCAUUAUACGCUCUCAAAGGCAGCAUGCGGCGCUUCAAUUACGCUGAUUCAAGCCCGAAAACGAUUUUGACAGUUUCUCAAGUGUCACAAAUCCACUAAAUGACCACUAAACGGGUUCUAAACGGCCAGUAUGGCAGUUGCAAUCGCGUUUCAAUCACGCUCGAUGUGUAACCGUUCUAAUAGACAUAUUCCGACAACGUCUCGCGCGACAAAAAAGUAGCUCAGUUUCGCAAACAGAGCUACAUGCCUCGCGCGAUGUUUCUGCUUCAUCCGAAACACUUGAACUAUCCAGUUUGUUAACGUGCUAGUUUAAUGCAAAACUCAGAAAAAACACAUACAUAUUGACUUAUUUGUGUAUGCUUACAAAUAAAAAAUAAGUAGGUUGACUGGAUGAAAUGAGCUACUUUGAUCUACGCGGUAUGAAAUUUAUCAACGCAACUCAUCGAAAACCAGCGCGAGACGUUGUCGCUCUAUGUCUAUUUGAACGGAAACGGCUUUUUUAGAUUGGAGAUCGCUGUUCCAGCCAUUUAACCCCCAUAUGUGAUGCUUGAGCUUUCUGCUGAGUUUGUCCAGUGAUGCCCCAAAACUCAGCAUACGGCAUUGUUUGAGCAGGGUUGUAUUGCAUGGUGUUGAAAUCACUAUCAUUCAUGAUAUGAAAUAAUAUCCCAAGCGGCACAGAUUAAGCUUAAACGACUGGAAAAUUGAAUAUCCAUAGAAAAAAAUGAAAGCUCCACAGCUUCAUUGGUUUGAUCAAUAGAUGGCGUAUUAAAACUGAUUAUUAUAUUGCUAUCUUUUUCUUGCAAUGUGUUUCGACAAGUUUCAUCUUAUCAUGACCUAUAUAGCCUCCUAACUUUCUGAGCAAAAAUCUGAAUGGUCGUGUGGUCAGAUACGUGGGUAUCAACACCAACGACCAUUACCGUAGCAAUAGACGAUGCGCAAUCUCAGAUUGCGCAUAUAUUUAUCUGUCAAACGGGUCGGUUUGAUAUAUUUAUCUGUCAAAAAAAAUGUAUAUAUCUCGGACAUAUAAUCUUGAAAAUUUAUGCGCAAUCUUGGCGCAAUCUGAAAAUGUAUGGAAAUGACGUUUAUAGCUCAGGGUUGGCUACGCGAAAUGACUUAUGUUUUGAUAAAACGAAUAUAUGCGCAAUCUGAGAUUGCGCAUCGUGUAUUAAUACGGUUACUCAAAUCUCACUUGCUUCAGUGCUGGUGGUUUCCAUUAGAGUUUAGUAUUUAAACAAUCGUAUCGCCGUUCUAGUUCUAGCGAUGCAUAACUUCAAUGCGAAACCAUACAACAGUACAGAGGAAAUGAGAAAGCUAUCCUCCAAGCGAUGAAGCUCAACUGGUUGGGGUAUCCCAUCAACAGGUAGCGCCACCAGCUUUUUUUGCUAUUUUUAGAAUGCAUGAGUCGUUCGCCGUCU